AUGGAGCUCACCGUCGUUGAACCAUCCUUCAAACCUGGUGCUGGCAAGUCCUUUCUCCUCCUCCGCUUUGCAGACGACAUGUACACUGAGAGUUAUAUCAGCCCUAUUGGUAUGUCGCUACUUCCUUUCUCCUCCUCCACUUCGCAGACGACACGUACACUGAGAGUUAUAUCAGCCCUAUUGUCCUAUCUCCUCCUCCACUUUGCAGACGACACGUACACUGAGAGUUAUAUCAGCCCUAUUGGUAUGUCGCUACUUCCUUUCUCCUCCUCCGCUUCACAGACGACACGUACAUUGAGAGUUAUAUCAGCACUAUUGUCCUAUCUCCUCCUCUGCUUUGCAGACGACACGUACACUGAGAGUUAUUUCAGCAUUAUUGGUACAUUGCUACUUCCUUUCUCCUCCUCUGCUUCGCAGACGACACAUACACUGAGAGUUAUUUCAGCACUAUUGGUGUUAGAUGGCAAGCGCUCAGGCCCGCCUCGUUGCCAAACCUUCUGCUUCGCUUUACGAAGCAUUUCCUUUUCAUGUGCCAUAAUCUUAUACGGCAGGGCCCGCCUUGUUGCCAAACCUUCUGCCCUGUUGUGUCAACUGUUCCCAUGA